GGAGCCCGGACCGGGACCGGCGGCGGCGGCGGCGAGCGGUAGAGCCGCCGGGGAUCAUGGCGGAGAGGCUGGAAUGGGUGGAAAUCAUCGAGCCUCGGACCCGGGAGCGCAUGUACGCCAACCUCAUCACGGGGGAGUGCGUGUGGGACCCCCCCGCCGGGGUGCGGAUCAAACGCACCAAUGAGAACCAGUGGUGGGAGCUCUUCGACCCCAACACCUCCCGCUUCUACUACUACAAUGCCACCACGCAGAGGACGGUGUGGCACCGUCCCCAGAACUGCGACAUCAUCCCGCUGGCCAAGCUGCAGACGCUGAAGCAGAACACGGAGUCGCCGCGGGCUUCCACGGAAAACAGCCCCGGCAGGAGCAGCAAUGUCAGCAGGGAGGGAAGCACCAGCUCGUCCUUGGAGCAGGAGCUGGAGGGCAACGAGAAGGUGCAGGAGCAGCGGUCGAGCCGCCAGUCCAGCCAGUAUUCCGUGGUGAAGGAGGAAACGGAAAGUUCGUCGCCUUCCGGAGUGUUCGAGAAGGAGUACGACAUUUAUCGGGAUUACAGCACGGAAGGACAACUCCUGCACUACAGGACCUCAUCCCUCCGAUGGAACGCCGGCACCAAGGAGCGGAUGCUGAUCAAGGUGACGGAUCGGGAGCCCAGCUUCCUCCUCCACCAAGGCAACGGCUACGCCCCGGAAAACCAACCGGGCUCCCGCUCCCGCCGGCCCUCGGGCGGCCAACAGUCGCCCAACCUCCAAACCUUCUCCUCGGACGCCGACAACUCCGUCUUCUUCCCAGAGAGGAAGCAGUCGCCCUUCCUGAAGAGGGCCGAGCACGUGGGCAGCUGCUCGCCGCUGCUGGGCCGGGGCGAUUCCUUCUGCUCGCCGCUCCAAGCCCAGCACCGCAAACAUUCCAGCGAAUCCCAGCCCUCGUCGCCCCGCUACGCCUACGAGCCCCCGCUCUACGAGGAGCCCCCCAUGGAAUACCAGGCUCCCAUCUACGACGAGCCGCCCGUGGACAUGCAGUACGAAGCCAGCGGGAGCUACAAGGCCGGGUCGCCGCAGAAAUCGCCCAUCCGGAAGCCUCACCCUUUCCUUCAGUCGCCCAAGCAAGGCUCCAACUCGCCCUACCAACAGUUGGUGCUCACCAAGCAGAAGUGUCCCGACCGCUUCAUGAGCCUGGAAUACAGCCCGGCCGGCAAGGAGUACGUCCGGCAGUUGGUCUACGUGGAGCAGUCGGGCUCCAGCCCCAAGAUGAAGACGGGCUUGAGGCACAAAUAUUCCCCCAACCCCAUCGGCGGCUCCUACUCGCUGCAGCACAGCCCCUGCCUGGUGCGGGACCAACGCCUGGACAUCAAAUCGGGCGACUACAGCAGCAUGGAGGGACCCGACUUCUGCCCCGGCCCCACCGGGGCCCAGGUGGCCCAGGGCGAGGACUCCAUGUCGUGGUCCAGCCAGCAGGACACCUUGUCCUCCACCGGUUACUCACCCUCCACCCGGAAGAGGAAAAGCCGGAAGCCUUCGGUGAACCACGACGCCAACGCCUCCUCCACGGACGGCUCGGGGGAGCGGGAGGUGUUGGGCGAGCUGGGUGAGGAACGAGCCACGCCGGGGCCCAACAGGUCGCCGAUGAACCGGACGGAGAGCAAGGCGGCCGAGGCGGAGGCGGCGCGGGGCUUCCCGGAGCCGUUCCUGGCGCAGGCGCGCCUGGCGUGGGAAGCGCAGCAGGCCCACUACCACAUGAAGCAACGGAGCAGCUGGGAUUCCCAAAAGGACGGUUCGGGCUACGAGAGUGACGGAGCCCUCCCGCUGCCCAUGCCGGGCCCGGUGGUGCGAGCCUUCAGCGAGGACGAGGCGUUGGCGCAGCAGGAGAACAAGCACUGGAAGAGGAACACCUUCGAGAAGCUGGGCUUCCCCCAGAUCCUGCUGGAGAAGAGCGUCUCCGUCCAGACCAACCUGGCCUCGCCCGAGCCCUACCUGCAUCCAUCUCAGUCCGAGGACCUCGGUGCCUGCGCGCAGUUCGAGAGCAGCCGGCAGACGCGGAACAUGAUGCCGAGCGCCAGCUGCGUCUUCCCCACCUUCAACCUGCGCAAGCCCUCCUCGGAGACGGACAUUGAGAACUGGGCCUCCAAGCACUUCAACAAGCACACCCAAGGGCUCUUCCGGCGCAAGGUCUCCAUCGCCAACAUGCUGGCCUGGAGCAGCGAAUCCAUCAAGAAACCCAUGAUCAUGACCAACGACCGCAACGUCAAGAAGGAGGCGUGCGAGAUCUUCAAGCUCAUCCAGAUGUACAUGGGCGACCGGCGGGCCAAGACGGACCAGCUCAACGUGGCCUUGGAGAUCGCCACCAAAGGUUGGAGCAUGCAGGGGCUGCGAGACGAGCUCUACAUCCAGCUGUGCCGGCAGACCACCGAGAACUUCCGUUACGAGAGCCUGGCCCGCGGCUGGGAGCUCAUGGCCAUUUGUUUGGCCUUUUUCCCACCCACUCCCAAAUUCCAUUCCUACCUUGAAGGAUACAUUUACCGGCACAUGGAUCCGGUGAAUGACACCAAAGUCUCGCGGCACCUCCGGCACCUCCUGGCAAGGACCAAUCAGAAGAAACCCAAAUUGCGAAAGAAACCAAAGCCCCAGAGCGAGGAGAUCCCGGGGGUGGCCAUCAGCACUUACGCCAAGUACUGCUACAACAAACUCCAGAAGGCGGCGCUGACCGGGGCCAAGAAGGGCCUGAAGAAGCCGAACAUCGAGGAGAUCCGUCACGCCAAGAACGCCGUCUUCAACCCGUCCAUGUUCGGCAGCUCCCUGCAGGACAUCGUGGCCAUGCAGAAGGAGCGGUACCCGGACCGGCAGCUGCCCUGGGUGCAGACCCGGCUCUCCGAGGAGGUCCUGGCGCUCAACGGGGACCAGACCGAGGGCAUCUUCAGGGUCCCCGGUGACAUCGAUGAGGUCAACGCCCUCAAGCUGCAGGUGGACCAAUGGAAGAUCCCCACCGGCUUGGAGGACCCGCACGUUCCCGCGUCGCUGCUGAAGCUGUGGUACCGCGAGCUGGAGGAGCCGUUGAUCCCCCACGAGUUCUACGAGCAGUGCAUCUCCCACUACGAGAACCCCGAGGCCGCCAUCGCCGUCGUCCACUCCCUGCCCCGGAUCAACAAGAUGGUGCUGUGCUACCUCAUCCGCUUCCUCCAGGUCUUCGUGCAGCCGGCCAACGUGGCCGUCACCAAGAUGGACGUCAAUAACCUGGCCAUGGUGAUGGCCCCCAACUGCCUGCGCUGCCAAUCGGACGACCCGCGGAUCAUCUUCGAGAACACGCGCAAGGAGAUGUCCUUCAUCCGUGUCCUCAUCCAGCACCUGGACACCAGCUUCAUGGAGGGCGUCCUAUAGCGGCUGCCACCGCGCUGUCCCCACCCCGCCACCGGCCCCCUGUCCCCUCCGAGGGUCAAAGUCCCCAGGUGGUGGCACCUAUCUCCAUCAAGAACCAGGAGGUCUGUGAGGUUCUCCACCACGUGGUGAGUUCCAUCUCCACCAAGAACCAGGAGGUCUGUGAGGUUCUCCACCAUGUGGUGAGUUCCAUCUCCACCAAGAACCAGGAGGUCUGUGAGGUUCUCCACCACGUGGUGAGUUCCAUCUCCACCAAGAACCAGGAGGUCUGUGAGGUUCUUCACCAUGUGGUGAGCUCCAUCUCCACCAAGAACCAGGAGGUCCAUGCGGUUCUCCACCACGUGGUGAGCUCCAUCUCUACCAAGAACCAGAAGUCUGUGAGGUUCUUCACCAUGUGGGGAACUCUAUCUCCACCAAGAACCAGGAGGUCUGUGAGGUUCUCCACCACGUGGUGAGUUCCAUCUCCACCAAGAACCAGGAGGUCUGUGAGGUUCUCCACCACGUGGUGAGUUCCAUCUCCACCAAGAACCAGGAGGUCUGUGAGGUUCUUCACCAUGUGGUGAGUUCCAUCUCCACCAAGAACCAGGAGGUCUGUGAGGUUCUUCACCAUGUGGUGAGCUCCAUCUCCACCAAGAACCAGGAGGUCUGUGAGGUUCUUCACCAUGUGGUGAGUUCCAUCUCCACCAAGAACCAGGAGGUCUGUGAGGUUCUUCACCAUGUGGUGAGUUCCAUCUCCACCAAGAACCAGGAGGUCCAUGCAGUUCUCCACCACGUGGUGAGCUCCAUCUCCACUAAGAAUCAGGAAGUCCAUGUGGUUUUUCACUGUGCAUGUGGUGAGUUCCAUCUUCACCAAGAACCAGGAGAUCCAUGAGGUUCUCCAACUCCACCACGUGGUGAGUUCCAUCUUCACCAAGAACCAGGAGAUCCAUGAGGUUCUCCAACUCCACCACGUGGUGAGCUCCAUCUUCACCAAGAACCAGGAGAUCCAUGAGGUUCUCCAACUUCACCAUGUGGUGAGCUCCAUCUCCAGUCAGCUCUCAUGGACAGAGGGCGUCCAGGGAUUGUCUCCGUCCUUUCCCACCUGGACAAGGAGAAGUCCUUGAGGUCCAUCCCGACCUUCUGGCUGUGUCACUGCCUGGUUCUUCGCUGGGGGAGUCACGAGGAACAUCCUGGCUCUGUGGGGUCUCCAUGGGCUUGGGAAGGCGGGAGAAGUUCACCUGGACACCAGGGGACUGCAGUGACAAUUGCCCCCCACAGGGAAGAGACCUGGGAGGUCCCCAUGGGAGUGGUGGCCUGGGGGGGGUCGCAGUGGCCGAUUGUCCAUUCUGGAAGAGCUGGGUGGGCUGGAUGUCCCCCGUGUCACCAUGUCCAUCCUGUCCCACACACGUUGGCACCACCAGGACCUGUCCCAGGACCUCCCAUCUCCUCCUGGUUCUCCUGGGCCCAUCAUGGAGUCCAUCAUCUCCUCCUGGUCCUACAGGACCUGUCUUGGGGUCCAACAUCUCCUGAACCCAUCUUGGAGUCCACCAUUGACUCCUGGAGCCAUCCUGGGGUCUAUCAUCUCUCCCUGGUCCUCCUGGAUCCAUCUUGGGGUCCACCAUCAUCUCCUGGAGCCAUUUUGGGGUCCAUCAUCUCCUCCUGGUCCUCCUGGACCCAUCAUGGCCCUCAUCAUCUCCCCCAGCUUCUCCUGGACCAGUUUUGGUGCCCUUCCCCUCCUCCAGAUCCAGCCCAACCGCUCUUGGUGGCCCAGAUCUCCUCCUGGACCCACCUUGGCACCCACCAGCUUCUCUUGGUCCUGGAAAAUCCACCCAGGACAGCUUGACCCUUCUGGACCCAGCUUGGUGUCCAUCAUCUCCUUGACCCUUCUUAGUGUCCAUCAUCUCCUCCAGGACCCACCUGGGCACCCAUCUCCACUUGGUUCUGCCCAGCCCACCUUGGUGUCCCCGGUGUCCUCCAGGACUCACCUUGGUGUCCCUGAUCUCCUCCUGGACCCACCUUGGUGGCCCCCAUCUCCUCCAGGUCCAACCCUGGUGCCCUCAAAUCUCCACCUGGGCACCAUCAUCUGCUCCAGAUCCCACCUGAGCACCCCCCAGAUCCCUCCAGGUCCUCCUGGUCUCCCCAGAUCUUCACCAGGUCCCACCUUGGUGACCCCAACCAACCUUGGUGCCUCCACCUCUUCCAGGUUUCACCUUGGUGACCCCAAAUCUUCUCCAGGUCCUCCAGGUCCCACCUUGGUUCCCCCAUCACUUCCAGGACCCAAAUCUUGGUGACCCCCAAUCUCCUCCAGGUCACACCUUGGUGCCCUCAGUCUUCUUUAGGACACCAUCAUCUGCUCCAGGUCCCACCAGAGCACCCCCUAACUUCCACCAGGUCCUCCAGGACCCACCUUGGUGCCCCCCAACCUCCAGCAGGUCCCACCUUGGUGUCUCCACCUCUUCCAUGUCUUGUAGAUCCCACCUUGGUGAUCCCAAAUCUCCACCAGGUCCCACCUUGGUGCCCCCCCAACUUCCAGCAGGACUCCCUUGGUGUCCCCACCACUUCCAGGUCCCACCUUGGUGCUCCUGAAUCUCCUUCAGGUCCUCCAGGUCCCACCCUGAUGGACCCCAACCUCUUCCAGGUCCUACCUUGGUGACCCCCAAUGUCCACCAGGUCCCAUCCUGGUGACCCCACCUCUUCCAAGUCCCACCUCGGUGACCCCAAAUCUUCUCCAGGUUUGACCUUGGUGACCCCCAACCUCCAGCAGGACCACCUUGGUCCACAAUCUUCUUCAGAUCCUCCAGGUCCCACUUGGUGACCCCCAAUCUCCAGCAGGUCCCACCUCGGUGACCCCACCACUUCCAGGUCCCACCUUGGUGCUCCCAAAUCUCCUCCAGGUCCUCCACAUCCCGUCCUGAUGGAGCACCCAGUCUCCACCGGGUCCCACCUUGGUGACCCCAAAUCUCCUCCAGUUUCCACCUUGGUGCCCUUUAAACUUCUUCAGAUCUUCCAGGUCCCACCUUGGUGCCCCUCAACCUCCACCAGGUCCCACCUUGGCACCCUCCAACUUCCAGCAGGACCCCCUUGGUGACCCCAAAUCUCCACCAGGUUCCACCUUGGUGACCCCAGAUCUCCACCAGGUCCCACCUUGGUGACCCCAAAUCUCCAGGUCCCACCUUGGUGAUCCCAGAUCUCUUCCAGGUCCCACCUUGGUGACCCCCAAAUCUCUACAGGUCCCACCUUGGUGACCCCAAAUCUCCACCAGGUCCCACCUUGGUGACCCCCAAAUCUCUACAGGUCCCACCUUGGUGACCCCAAAUCUCCUCCAGGUCCCACCUUGGUGACCUCUAAAUCUCCUCCAGGUCCCACCUUGGUGACCCCCAAAUCUCUACAGGUCCCACCUUGGUGACCCCAAAUCUCCAGGUCCCACCUUGGUGAUCCCAGAUCUCUUCCAGGUCCCACCUUGGUGACCCCAAAUCUCCACCAGGUCUCACCUUGGUGACCUCUAAUUCUCCUCCAGGUCCCACCUUGGUGACCCCCAAAUCUCUACAGAUCCCACCUUGGUGACCCCAAAUCUCCACCAGGUCCCACCUUGGUGACCCCCAAAUCUCCACCAGGUCCCACCUUGGUGAUCCCAAAUCUCUACAGGUCCCACCUUGGUGACCCCCAAAUCUCUACAGGUCCCACCUUGGUGACCCCAAAUCUCCACCAGGUCCCACCUUGGUGACCCCCAAAUCUCCACCAGGUCCCACCUUGGUGAUCCCAAAUCUCUACAGGUCCCACCUUGGUGACCCCCAAAUCUCUACAGGUCCCACCUUGGUGACCCCAAAUCUCCACCAGGUCCCACCUUGGUGACCCCAAAUCUCCACCAGGUCCCACCUUGGUGACCCCAAAUCUCCACCAGGUCCCACCUUGGUGAUCCCAAAUCUCUACAGGUCCCACCUUGGUGACCCCAAAUCUCCACCAGGUCCCACCUUGAUGACCCCCAAUGUCCAUCAGGUCCCCACACUGGGGGGUCCCCAAAAUGGGGGUUGGUCCCAAAGGGGGGGGUCCCAUGAAGGGGUCCCCAAGACCCUGGGAGGGUCCCCAAGGUGCGAGGGGGGACCCCAAAAUGGGGGGUCCAUGGAGAGAUCCCCAAAAUGGGGAUGAUCCCCAAAAUGGGGGAGGUCCCCAAAAUGGGGGGGGGGGUCCUGAAGUGGAGAAGGUCCCCAAAAAGGGGGGGGGGUUCCCAUGGAGGGGGUCCCCAAAAUGGGGAUGGUCCCCAAAAUGGGGGUCCCAUGGGUGAGGACCCCAAAAUGGGGGUGUCCCAAAAUGGGAGGGGGUCCCCAAGGCCCGGAGGGUCCCCAAAGUGGAGAAGGUCCCCAAAAUGGUGGGGUCAUCAAGGUGGGAACAGUCCCCAAAAUGGGGGGGGGGGUCCCCAAAAUGGGGGUCCCAUGGGUUGGAGGUCCCCAAAACGGGGACAGUCCCUGAAGUGGGGAGGUCCCAUGGAGAGUCCCAUGGAUGGCAGGCGCCCAAAAUGGGGUCACCACGGUGGGGAGUCCCCAAAAUGGGGGGGGGGGUCCCAUGAAGGGGGUCCCCAAAAUUGGGAUGUUCCCCAAAAUGGGGGUCCCAUGGGUGAUGUCUCCAAAAGGGGGGGUCCCCAAAAUGGGAGGGGGUCCCCAAAUUGGAAGAAGUUCCCAAAAUGAAGGUGGGGAUGUCCCCAAAAUGGGGGGGGGGGCACAAAUUAGGGUGGGGGUCCCCAAAGUGGAGAAGAUCCCCAAAAUGGAGGGGGUCACCAAGGUGGGGAUGUCCCUAAAAUGGGGGGGGCCCCAUAGGGGGUCCCCAAAAAGGGGGGGGUCCCCAAAAUGAGGGGAUCCCAUGGAGGGGUUCCCCAAAGUGGAGAAGGUCCCCAAAAUGGGGUCACCAAAGGGGGGGACAGUCCCCAAAAUGGGGGGGGGGUCCCCAAAAAGAGGGGGUCCCCAAAAUGAGGGGAUCCCAUGGAGGGGUUCCCCAAAGUGGAGAAGGUCCCCAAAAUGGGGUCACCAAAGGGGGGACAGUCCCCAAAAUGGGGGGGGGGUCCCCAAAAUGAGGGGAUCCCAUGGAGGGGUUCCCCAAAGUGGAGAAGGUCCCCAAAAUGGGGUCACCAAAGGGGGGACAGUCCCCAAAAUGGGCGGUCCCAAAAUGGGGGGUCCCAUGGGUGAUACCCCCAAAAUGGGGAUGGUCUCCAAAAUGGGGGGGGGCGUCCUCUGGAGGGGGUCCCCAAAAUGGGGGGGUCCCCAAGGCCUGAGGGAUCCCCAAAGUGGAGAAGGUCCCCAAAAUGGGGGGGGGGGUGUUCCCAAAUUAGGGUGGGGGUCCCCAAAUUAGGGUGUGGGGGGGGUCCCCAAACUGGGGGUGGUGGGGACAAGCCAGCGCUACCUCCCAGCUCUGCUCACUGCCAGGGGACCCCCCCUUUUCCUCCGCCUCCGCUUCGUUAAGUUUUAAUUAAUUCUUAAUUAAUUCCUGCCCUUCGUUCGUUUUCAUUUUUAAAUCAUUUCCCCUCCUUUCUUUCCGCCGGUUUUUGUUUUGUUUUGUUUUUUUUUCCUUUUAAAACCUCGAGGUUUUUUAUUUAUUAUUAUUAUUAUUAAAAAAAAAAAAAAAAAGCGACCGGAAAAAAAAUAAAAAUCCGAAUUUAAGGGACGGACCCGGCCCUCGCUCCCUCCCCGGGGCUUUCCCAGGAUUCCCCCGAUCCGGGGAAUUCCCUCGGGAAUUCCUACGGGAAUUUUCCUCCCCUCCCCCCACCCCACCCCCCCAACAGAUGGGGGGGGGGUUUGGAUUUUGGGGUCCCCCCAAAAAGGGGCCGCCGAAUUCUGUACUUGGGGGGGCUCCGGCCUCCCCCCCGCGUGUGAAUAAAGCUCCGUAUGGAAAGCGC